AUGCAGGAGGCGCUGGGUAUUGCUUCACGGCACGCGCAGUCGCUCUUCACGCCGGACCCAGCUCGUGGCGACCCGACGAACGCACGCCGGUCCCUGCUCGACCCUAUUCGCGCAGCGAAAUGCUACGAUGACGACCGCUCGGACCCUACGUUCGGUCGUCGGCUGCCUCGUCAAGCGAGAGUGGCGCUUGACGAGCCCUUCACCCUCCUCGAGGUUGAAGCGGCGUUGAAGAAGACGGAUUCGGGGCAAUCACCGGGGCCCUCGGGCAUUCCGUACGAGCUCUUCAAGGCGCUGCCAACCUACUUUGCUCCCAAGCUGUUGGACUUGUUCAACUCGAUUUGGGAGGGCGGCAAAAUGACGGCGUCCUUGGCAGAGGGGCUGGUGCGGCUCUUGCCCAAAAAUAAACCGGGGGCCAAUCUGAAAUCACUGGGGGCAUACCGACCGAUCACAUUGCGCGAGACGACCUACAAGGUCCUCAGCAAGGUCUUGGUGGCGCGACUCAAUGGGGUGCUCGGCGAGCUUUUGCUGCCGGCGCAACACGGUUUCAUGCCAUCAAGACGUUCAGCGGACGCGGGAAGUCAUCUCACUCUCCUUCUCGAAAAACUCAAGUCGCUAGGCACUGAUGUUUUCCCCGAGGGCGCCCUCUUGUCUUUGGAUCAGCAGAGCGCGUACGAUCGGGUCGAUCACGCCUGGAUCUUCGAGGUCUUUGAGGCCUUUGGGUUCGGUGAGCGUUUCAUCUCGCUGCUGCACGCUCUCUACGAUCCCGAGACUCUGGGGGUGCGCUACCUUGUCAAUGGGUUCCCCACGGACUUGGUGCAGUUGCUGUGUGGUCUCGGUCAGGGGGAUCCCCUCUCGUGCCCGGUUUGGAACAUCACGUUCCAGCCCUUCCUUGACGCCCUCGUUCGGCGCGGGAUCGCGCUCGACCUGCAGAAGGUGUGGCCAGGGGGGCCGCGUGCGCAGCUUACGCAUCUGGCGUUUGCCGACGAUGCUGUGGUGGUGGUGGAGUCACCGGCGGCAUUGUCGAAGCUGCAAACGCUGUCGCAGACGUGGUACGAGGCUACCAACGGAAAGACCAACACGGACAAGACGCUGGUGCUACCACUCGGACCGAACUGGCUUCGGGACGAGACUGCGCAGGUGCUGCCAACGGUGCAGGAGGGGGAGAGCUUCAAGUGGUGCGGCUAUGCCUUCUUUCGCCACAGUGACUCGAAACUGUUUUGGACCCAUGUUCUUGACAGGAUCAAGGCCAAGGCCCGCGCCGCUCGAGACCGGACACUUUCGCCGAGUGGGAAGGUUUUCUAUGCCAACGCUCACAUCAUCUCGGCGGUCCUCCACGUGCUGUCCUUCGACAUACCGCCUCAAUGGUUCAUUAAGGCGGCGGAGACGGCACUUACGGACUUUGUCUGGGGAGGAGCAGGGCGAAAUACCGUCGCUCACAAUUUUGUGUUCCAGGCUCGGGAGGACGGUGGCGCUUCAAUUUUGGGAUGCUGUGGCGGGCUCGGACGAGGCGAUCUGGGUGCCCCUAGCUCGCAAGAGCUGGAGGUCCCUCGUCGCUGCGACCCGCGAUUUCAGUCCGUGGGGGUUCUUCAGCAGCACGGCUCGGGUCGAGAAGCUGUAUCGCGACUCGACGCGCUGGGGGGCAGUCGUUGCAGCGGCCAGGGUCACAGUUCCAACCAUCAAGUCCGAACUCCUCUCGCUUCCGCCUCGCCUCCCUUCACUCUAUGCUGAAGGUGCCCAGCACGCAUAUGACGAUGCGGACGCGGUGGCGAAGUUUGCGCAGAUCGCGGACCUGUACUGGAGGGACGAAGGGAAGGGAUGGGCUCUGGUUGGUCAUCAACGCGGGUUCUGGCAGCACUCUAAGGAACCCACCCUACAGCACGAGCACGUGUGGUCGCGCGUGGGUCAGUUGCUCAAGGCGAAAGCGUUGUUGCCCAAGACCGCGUUGCGACCUGCUCGGAUACCUCUCAAGGAGGCUCCCCGUCCUCGGUGCUUCAACUUCUUUGGGCUCUCCCGACCUUUUACGAUUCGCAAGCUUCGUCGGCUUGUGAACAAGGUGCGGUUCCCAGGGAGGGAGGACCGUGUCAAGCGUUUCCCUGAUGGGACUUCUCAGAGCGAUAGGAAGCGCUUCUGGAGAUGGCUUCAUGACCGGUUCGCGUCUGCUGUCGAGCAGGACACCCACUGGCGGCUCAUGUACGACGUGACGCCGACGCGCAAGAGGCAGCAUACUCAGGGUCAUGCCUCUUCGCCGACGUGUCUGUUCUGUGGCAACGAUGCAGCGGUCAUCGAGACGGUGUCCCACUACUUUUUCGAGUGCGCGUACUCGACCAGCUUCUGGGGUGGGGUGCUAUGCAUUCUGCUUGACAAGCUCGGCAUCGAGGAUACCGACGUCGAUCCGUCGACGUUCACUCCGGAGCAGCUGACUAUGGGGCUCCCCCUUUUGCGGGGUCGUGGGAGAACGACCUCGAAAUGGAUGUGGGUUCGGCUGGCCUGCGCGAUCGGCUUCCAGCGGCUGCACCUGCUCCGCUGGCGCGUUCAUCAGCGGUUCGAGCUGGACAACGUCGUGGCCCCUCCCUCGCUUCCCAGUGCGCUCAGAGCGUUCGAGCGAGAUUUUCUCUCUCGAGCGGGCUUUGUGCCUGGGGCUCGAGAUUGGGAGGUGUGAUGACCGAGUUAAGUCCUUCCUUCCCAUUUUCCUCCCCUGCUCUCUCUCCCCUCCUUUCCUCCCUUCCUUUUCGGAGGUCGACUUUUCUUUCAGAAGCUGACUGUCUUGAAACUUGUUGCGCACCUCUCCCUCUCUCUACUUUGUGCAGUAGCGGUUUUCGUUCUUGGAUGGAUCGGCAAGCCGGGUCGAUCGUCGUUGCAUUGGAGGCUUUGUGAAGUUCUCCCUUCCCUUCCUCUUCUCGUUCCUGUUGCUCGGUUGUUGACUACGCUUCAGCCACUUCUCCUUUUAUUCCUAAGCCGUGUGUUGGAUUCCGUCGAAUAGAUCGUUCGUUCGCGUUGGUCAAGAUCUACGGCAUGGAUCGGGAAGAAAGGUCACUCGUUUUUUUGGUCAAUAUCCUCGCGUCAAGGCGAGGCUUGUUUCGUUGUAUUGGAUCGUUUUCGCUCGGCCCCGACGGCUCAACAGCCAGCACUCGAGACUCAGCCAAGGGAGGACAUCAGGCGCUGUCGGGGUGACGAGUAG